CAGCUCCGCGAUCGUCCCGGCGCGCAGUCGGACCAAGAUGGCGGUUCAGAAGCCCCGGUCGAAGCGCGACCGAGUUCGUGCCGCUCGGACCUUUCGCGCCCUCAAGAUGCGCGUGGACUGCGUCGAUCCGGAGACGGGGCCCUUGGCGACUCUGGAGAACGAGGACAGCGAGACAGACGCCAAUUGGGACAUGCCUCCGGACCCCUGGGUCGACGGGGUGCUGGAGGGCGUCGACCUCGCGGAGGAGACGAUGAGCGACGUCGAGAUGGAGCUCUUCCUGGAGGGCCAGUUCAUUCUGGCUUCCGCAGCGCGGGUGUGGAGGCGUUGGGCGAUCAAGAUGCUAAUGGUGCUGCGCCUUGCUGCGGACCCCAGGCUUCUCUCAAUGCUGGUUCUGAAGAUCAGCGUGCUUCGCCUGGGCGCGAAGAAGGAGAAGGACGAGCCCAACCAGCACUUCUGCCCGCGCCUUCCAGGGUUCCAUCGCCGCGGAGACAACCCGCAUGGAUACUGGAUCAGAUGCCUGACCUGCUACCAGCGCAUCGACUUCGCGAGGUACAAGGACAGGAGCGGUCAGUCCAGCAGGGCUAUCGAGAGCGGGGAGAGCGACUUGAACGAGCUCGGCUGG